UACGCGGGGGUGCGCCGCCGCCGCAACCUCACUCCCCAGUCCCCACGCUCUUCGAGGGCAGAAGAAACGGCAUCGUUUCUCGCAAAGAACCCCCAGAUCCCCCCACAUUCCAGCUCUCUCCUCGCGAAAACCCUAAUCCCCACUCCUCCGCGGCCGCGUCUCGCUGGCGGUCGGCCCCGCACUCACGAUGGCGUCGCCGCCGGCGGCGGGAGAGCUGCCCUUCACCCACGAUAUCCUCGCCGAUAUCCUGAUCCGCCUCCCCUCCCUCGCCGACUUCGGCCGUGCCUGCGCGUCGUGCCCCGCGUUCCGCCGCGUCAUCACCGGCCACUCCUUCCUCCGCCGCCUGCACGUGCUCCACCCGCCGUCGAUCCUCGGCACCCGCACGUUCUUCGGGUUCCACCCCGCCGAGCUGCCCAACCCCGCCGCCCCCGCUGCCCGCGCCCUCGCGGAGGCCGCCGACUUCGACCUCUCGUUCCUCCCCAGACCGGGCUUCUGGAUGGUCCGGGACGAGCGCGGCGGCUGCUUCGUCGCCGACCGCGACGAGGGCACGGAUGACACCUUCACCACUAUCGCCGUGUGCGACCCCUUGUUCCGCCGCUACGUGCUUCUCCCCCCUAUCCCUGGGGAUUUGGCAGCCACCGUCCAGCAGCCACUCAUCGUCAAUGCUGAGCGCAGAUGCGAUGUCUUCCUCGCUCCCUCUGACGACGAGGAGAGGGAGGCUGCGGCUGGGGCGCCAGAGUCAUUCAAGGUGAUUUGGAUGGCUCAUUGCCCAACUAAGCUGGUUGCGUUCGUCUUCUCUUCGACCAGCUGGCAGUGGCGAGCAGUAGCACCUGCCAGAUGGAGGGAUCUGAAUCCUUUUAUGCCUUCUGUAACUCAGUACAUGCCUCUGCAUUACCGCAACUACGCAUAUGGCUGUUUCUACUGGUCUCUGUCGGAGUUCCCCUAUCCCCCAAAUCUGAUUGUGCUCGACAUGGACAAGAUGGAGUUCUACCGUGCCAAUCCUCCGCCUAACCACAAGCUUGCGAAGUUUGCCAUUGUUGAGUUAGGGGAAAAUAGAGUUGGGAUGUUCAUGUUGGCCAGUAAUAACAUUGAAGGUGGUGCACUCCGACUCUUCAGUGCAAACAGGGAAACUCAUGGUGGCUGUGCCAGCGAGUGGGUGCUAGAGAAUGAAAUUCUGCUUUCUCCCUCAUUUAAGUAUGCUAUGCUAGGUGUUGCUGAUGGGAAAGUACUCCUGGUGGUAACACAAGAUGUUCGUUCUGCACCAGAGGUUCGAUGUGUUUCACUAGAUUUCAAGACAUUGCAGCGUCAGGAGAUCCAAGGGAUGAUUCACCCUGAUUUCCGUCCCCUGACUCCCCUCCCACUCCCAGUCCUGUACAUUGGUUACCCACCAUCACUGUCAUUGCCAACUAUAUGAAAUGGGCUAACCAUCAUCUUUUGCCUUCUUUGGAGUUUGGAGUGACGCUGCUGAUGCUGGAUGCAAGGUGGAACUUGUGCUGGGGCUUUGGUCUUUGCUCGUUGAUAGUUUACCCCGUCAGCCUAACUGGUCGUGUUUGUCAAGCAAGACAUUAUGCUUCUGUAGGCGGCUAAAUGUAGUAAUAGCUAGUAUGGUACAGUGUUGCCAUAACCAUGUCAAACUCUAGAAUGUAAUCUGGGUGGUGGUUUCGGUUGAUCUGGAGCCGAACUGAUGGAUGGCUCAUGGCUCCCACUUCCUACGUACCCAUUGAACUUCACAAGUGUGUAGGAGUAUGUUGUUUGUUGGUUGUUAUUUGUUAAUCUUUCCCUA